GGCUCCGCCCCUGGCUUCCAUUUCUGAACUGAAGGGACGCCGCCGCUCUCGCGUAUAGCCCUCGCCUUUUUUUAUACACACGUUUAAGUAAAUAAACUAGGUUAUCUGUCGUAAGUUAGGACCAUUUCCUAAAGGUAGCGUGAAACAGUAGUCCCCGUUCAUCGUGGUAUGCUGUUUGAGUAGUAGCUAGAAGUGAAGCUAGCAUUUUAUUCCCCAUUUUAACUUUACUAAGCGGCGUUUUCCGCCGUUUUUUUCUUUUCGCCGCCCCGCUCACUCUACCCCCUUGUGUGUGAGUAGGGGCCUGCAACGUUGGUUUGGCCACGAGGCGCGUCGGUACAGUUGGAACAGGGCGAUGGCGGAGUUCGGUAACGGACUGGCGGAGGAAUCUCUGCUAGAUUCAGACCCCGGACAUCCCGAGCUGGAAGACCCGGGUGUCGGUGACGAAGAGCCGGGAUUAGAAGAGGGAGAGGCCGCAAUUGAAGACCCGGAGCUGGAGGCAAUCAAAGCCCGAGUGAGAGAGAUGGAGGAAGAGGCAGAGAAGCUGAAGGAGCUACAGAACGAGGUGGAGAAACAGAUGAAUCUGAGCCCCCCACCAGUUGGCCCUGUCAUCAUGUCCAUCGAGGAAAAGAUGGAGGCAGAUGGCAGAUCUAUUUAUGUCGGAAAUGUGGACUACGGUGCUACAGCAGAAGAGCUCGAAGCUCACUUUCAUGGCUGCGGUUCAGUAAACAGAGUCACCAUCCUAUGUGACAAAUACACAGGGCAUCCCAAGGGGUUUGCCUAUAUUGAGUUUGCAGACAAAGAGUCUGUUAGGACAGCCAUGGCUUUGGAUGAGUCACUUUUCAGAGGAAGGCAGAUAAAGGUGGGCGCUAAGAGAACAAACAGACCAGGCAUCAGCACCACAGACCGUGGCUUUCCACGGGCUCGGUUCCGAUCACGGGGAGGAAAUUUCUCCUUGCGUGCACGCUACUACAGUGGCUACACACCACCUAGAGGCAGAGGACGGGCCUUCAGGUUUCAGGACCAGUGGAGGCUGACAACCCCUCCCCAGGGCGCCGGCCCCCCCACUGUCUCCGCAGCAUCUCUCUCUCUCUCUGCUCCCGCUAUGCACACUCACCCCAUCCUGUCAGUGUGGGGCGGGGGAGGGGGACAGGGCGACCACAGGCCCGCCGCGGGGGGCAUUUACUACAACAGCAAACGCUGAUGACGCUUUUAGUCCUUUUCACACUUCAAAUGUCUCUCUCACACACACACACACACACACACACACACACACACACACACACACACACACACACACAUUGUUAACAAAUACACACACA